AUAUUGGUGACAUUGAUUGAUUCAGUAUUCUAUAGGGUUGUUGCUUUGUUUCCUUGUUAAGUGUAAUUGUGAAAUUUUAUGAAGACCUUGUAGUAGUUUAUAUAUAUAUUAGAGCUUGGUUAAAAGUGCCUCAGUCUAUUUUACGUCGUUCGAUUAUACAACAUUUAUAAGGCCUUGUAUACGGCCUGAUAUUUCAUUUUUUUCGAGAUAAUCUUCAACGAAUUAUUCAUGUCUGAUUGGCGUAGUAUACCUUCUGAAAAUAAGCAUAGAGAAUUUCUUGAGAAAUUCAGUGCUAUUUUAAUUGAUUUCGCAUUCGAGAGUGUAUCGCGAGACAAUCCUGUAUCAAGAUGGAGAAGUGCAAGUUAUUUGCAAGAAAUUUUAGACUUCGAUUUGUUAGAAGAACCAAAACCACAAAAAGAUCUCUUAUUGGUAGCAAAUAAGAUCUUGAAAUACAGUGUUAAAACUGGCCAUCCAUACUUUAUGAAUCAACUUUUUUCUGGAUUGGAUCCUUAUGGCUUGGCAGGACAAUGGUUGACUGAUGCUCUAAAUGCUUCGGUAUACACGUACGAAGUAGCACCCGUAUUAACUUUAAUGGAGAAAACCUUGACUAGAAAGUUAUUGUCUAUGUUUUAUAAGAAUGAUAAUGGAUGUGAAUUCGGUGAUGGAUUGUUUUGCCCAGGUGGAUCUUUUGCGAACGGAACAGCUAUCAAUUUAGCAAGAUUUUCCUUUAGAUGUGAGAAAAAGGAUUCGAUGGUGAAGCCAACUCUCUUUGCUUCGGAAGAUGCUCAUUACUCUGUAUCCAAAUGGGCAAAUCUUUGCAAUGUAGAUGUCGUUCUCGUGAAAACGGAUGAUUUGGGUCGAAUGAGCGUCGAUGAUUUAAAGAUCUGUAUUCGGCAGGAACAAGAAAAAGGCAGUUCUUUGUUUAUGGUUAUGGCUACAGCUGGAACGACGGUAUUAGGUGCCUUUGAUCCAUUGAUCGAAAUAGCAGAAAUUUGUCAGGAUUUGAAAAUAUGGUUACACGUCGAUGCAGCCUGGGGUGGUGGUUUAAUAUUCAGUAAAAAACAUUGUGGUCUUUUAAGAGGAAUAGAGAGAGCAGAUUCUAUAUUGUUUAACCCUCACAAAUUACUGGCUGUCCCACAACAGUGUUCCUUAUUUUUGACAAAGCACCAUAAUAUUUUGACCAAAGCACACUCUAAGGGAGCUACUUAUUUGUUUCAAAAGGAUAAAUUUUACUCAGCUGAUUUAGAUCCUGGAGAUAAGUAUUUACAAUGCGGGCGUAGAGCAGAUGUUUUGAAGUUUUGGUUUAUGUGGCAAGCUAAGGGAUCAUUGGGUUUUGAAAAACAUAUUGAUCAUCUAAUGUCACUGUCAGCUUUCUUUAAAGAUGAGAUUGAGAAAAAAAAACAUUUUGAGUUAGUGACACAGCCAUGUUUCAUCAAUGUAUGUUUUUGGUUUAUUCCUUUGCAUUUGAGAGAUAAGGAUUCUAUAUGUAACUAUGAGGAAGAGUUAAGCAAGGUAGCUCCUAAGUUGAAGGGAAGGAUGACAAAAAGAGAUCCUAGAGUGGCAAAAUUUCCUCUGAUGCAAGAUCCGUUCGUAGUGAUGUUAAUCCUGGUUGUUUAUCUAGAAUUUGUUCUUCAUAUUGGACCUCGUUAUAUGAAACAUCGAAAACCUUACAAACUGAGGAACUUUUUGAUUGUAUAUAAUUGUUUUCUCGCAAUCGCAAGUGGAGUCGCAUGUUAUGGAAUUCUCACAUCGGGUUAUACAACGAAUCUUUCUCUGGGAUGUGAACCUUUUAAUAUAUCUUAUGAACCCGAACCUCUUAAUAUGGUUAGUUGGGUUUGGCGGAUCUUUAUAAUGAAGGUAAUCGAAUUAAGCGACACAAUCAUUUUUGUUCUUCGAAAGAAAUACAAUCAGACAUCUUUCCUUCAUGUCUAUCAUCAUAGUUCAACAGUCAUAAUGGCAUGGACGGUUUGUAAAUAUGUUCCAGGUGGCAUGUGGACUUUCAUAAUGAUACCGAAUUGUAUCGUGCACGUAUUCAUGUACACUUAUUAUCUAUUGGCUGCUCUCGGAUCAGAAGUAAAAGAGAAGAUUAUGCCGGUGAAAAAAUAUAUCACGAAACUACAAAUGAUACAAUUCAUCAUUAUGCUGUUGCACACAGUUCAGGCACUGAUGCCCUCCUGUGAUCCAAAUAAAAAGUUUGUUGCGUGCAUGUACACGGUGCAAGUAACUAUAAUGUUGUACCUGUUCUGGGGCUUUUAUAAAAAGGCUUAUACAAGGAAGAAGUUGGAGUAAAAAAUCAUCGGCAUUAUAUAUGAUUGAAUGAGUGAAAUAUAAAGCUAUUAGAAAUUUC